CCGGGCGGAAUCUGGCUGUCGUCAGCAAGUGUCAAAGAGUAUUUUCUGGGCCCUUUGAGUUCACGAUCAGCAUGCGAACCACCUUGAAGGGCAAUCAGAAGUUGAGAGGCCACAUUGGAUUUCUAUUUAUGUUUAGUGUUUUCCAGAACCAGUUCCUCUCGUUCGUUAGCUUGGCGCGACCGUCGUCAGACACCAGAGGGUUAAGAUCUCUGGUGGCCGCGCUUCGUAACCGCGGAUGCGACGCAACCACUCUCUCCCUUGACCACGCAUGUGUGUCUUAGUAGGCAAGACAACUUUCCCUAAAAGGGGCCAAUAGCUUGCUCCAAGCUGUUAUUCUGUUCUCUCUGCUUCCAUAAUCAUCUUGAAACGAGGGCACCUUCACUGUCUCACCUUCAUCUUCAUACUUAGACAUGAGCCAAUGGAGAUGGACCUUGUUCAUCGUGUAAUACAUGGGCCUGUUCGCAUGACUCUAUUCAUUGUCCUGCAAAUCGGGUCAGAGAUCUGACUCGGGUUUUGGGUGCAAGUGCUGCUGAUGUUGAUUCAUUGUAUGACAUCGAGCCUAAUAAUCUCCUACACAUAUGGCAGGAGAAUAGGAGAUCCGUAGCCCACUAUGGUAGCAAAUUAGUUACCAGUUUUUCACACUAUUAGUUAACUCUAGCAACCUAGCUACAUGGGUUCAAGGAGAUAACUACUCCAUACCGUUAGUUGAUUGAGUAGGUGAAUAGAUACUCCUAGUUCUAGCCGGUGAAUUCGGCCCGACUGAGCAAUAGGUGUAUUGUAUGGUAAGAGCGGGCCAUUGGUACCUGGUGGUAUUACGUGCCGGUAAUUUAUGCAUCCAGAACCCUGAAAUCCCAUC